UCAAAAAACUAUAAAAGGAAGAGGAGAAAACAAAAGCAAACUCAUUUCUAUGUCAAUAGCUCGCUUCCCAUGGACUCCGGUUACACAUUCCUUACCUUCAAUCUUUCAUUUCUGAUCCUUCUUCUCCUCUCGUUUCCUUCCACUUCAGAUUCAAACGAGGUCACUCUUCUGUUUGGUUCACGAGAAAACAAGAUAGAAAAAUUUUGUGCUGCUGGAAUUGGAGAUGGCGACUCCACGUGCGGGUUUUCGACGAAAUCUUUGUCGAAGAUUCUGAUAAAGGGAGGUUCAGUUGUCAACGCUCAUCAUGAGGAGGUUGCUGAUGUUUAUGUUGAAGAUGGAAUCAUUGUGGCCGUAAAGCCUCAUAUUAACGUUGGAGAUGAUGUCACUGUGCUUGAUGCUGCCGGAAAGUUUGUUAUGCCAGGAGGCAUCGAUCCUCAUGUGCACCUUGCCAUGGACUUCAUGGGUACCCAAAGUGUUGAUGAUUUUUUCAGUGGUCAGGCAGCAGCAUUAGCAGGUGGAACAACUAUGCAUAUUGACUUUGUUUUACCUGUCGAUGGGAGUUUGAUGGCGGGAUUUGAAGAUUAUGAAAAGAAGUCCAGGAAUUCCUGCAUGGACUAUGGUUUCCAUAUGGCAGUUACAAAAUGGGAUGAAACUGUUUCAAAAGAAAUGGAAAUAAUGGUUCAGGAAAAAGGGAUAAAUUCUUUCAAGUUUUUUCUGGCUUACAAGGGGUCUUUUAUGGUAAGUGACGAGCUUCUAUUACAAGGAUUCAAGAAGUGCAAAUCUCUUGGUGCCUUAGCUAUGGUCCAUGCAGAAAAUGGAGAUGCUGUGUAUGAAGGACAGAAAAGAAUGAUAGAACUUGGUAUUACUGGUCCCGAGGGACAUGCUCUUUCAAGGCCCCCAGUGUUGGAAGGAGAGGCAACUGCUCGAGCUAUUCGAUUGGCAGAUUUUGUUAACACUCCUCUCUAUGUAGUUCAUGUGAUGAGCAUUGAUGCCAUGGAAGAGGUUGCUAAAGCUCGAAAAUCAGGGCAGAGGGUUAUUGGAGAAUCUGUAGUAUCUGCCUUAGUCCUCGAUGAUUCUUGGCUAUGGCAUCCUGACUUUUCCAUUGCGGCAAAGUAUGUAAUGAGUCCUCCCAUUAGAGCAUCAGGACAUAACAAGGCCCUUCAAGCUGCUCUUUCAACGGGAGUUCUACAGCUUGUAGGAACCGACCACUGUACCUUCAAUUCCACCCAGAAGGCUUUUGGGAUAGAUGAUUUCCGGAAAAUCCCAAAUGGCGUCAAUGGUAUCGAAGAGAGGAUGCAUAUUGUCUGGGACACAAUGGUGGAAUCUGGUCAAAUUUCAGUAACCGACUAUGUCCGAGUAACGAGCACAGAAUGUGCUAGAAUCUUUAAUAUAUAUCCAAGGAAGGGAGCAAUUCUUGCUGGAUCUGAUGCAGAUAUAAUUAUCUUCAAUCCAAACUCUAGCUUGGAAAUAAGUGCCAAGUCUCACCACUCUAGAUCUGACACAAAUAUCUAUGAAGGAAGGAGAGUAAAGGGAAAGGUUGAAGUAACCAUUGCGGGUGGAAGAAUUGUUUGGCAAAAUGAUGAACUGAAGGUUGUUCCAGGUUCUGGCAAGUACAUAGAGAUGCCACCUUUCGGUUAUCUUUUCAAAGGAAUGGACAAGGCAGAAGCAAGUUACUUAUCUUCUCUACGGGCUCCAGUUAAGAGAUCCAAAAAAACAACUUAAUUUUUUUCUUUUUAUCUUCUAAAUUAAUAAACCAGGAAAAAAGGGGGACCAUUAAUGUUCGGCCAUGUUUAUGUCGAAAAUAUGAUGCAAAGACAAGAAAGAACUAAUUAUUUGAAAUGUUGGAAUGUGUCAUGUUAGCAGUCAAGAUAAUAAUUAAUGAGGUUGCAGAUUAUGUGUGUAGAUACGUGUUCAUAUCAAUAAAUUAGAUACAUCUCUUGCA